GCAUUCACGGAACGAAACUCUCCCGAGGAAUUCCGCGACGGAUUAAAUAAAAGUAACCGAGGCCUGCUAGGUUGUCGAUUAUGGAGACCCCCACAGAUCACUCCGCCCAGAAAACCACGUCCGCCUCUGCAGGGGAAGGCGACGGCGCCAGUACCGGAGGUCAAUCAGUGGAGUAUGCGCCGUACCCUAAGAUCGGCCCAACCGACGUCCAACCCCCUCCUCCACCUCCGUCUAGUUCAUCGCCCAAGUCCGUCAGCUGGAGUAGUGAUCUGGUCAAGGAGGCGCAUCCUAAUACGACUACAUGGGACACAGAUGAACACGAGACUAUCUCCAUGCCGGUGGAGGGAAACCCCUACAUCACCCCUGCACCGGCUUCCUCCAAGAAUACCAUGGAAUCAGUGAAGGAAGUGCUGGGGAAGUGGGGAAUGAAGUUGGGGGAGACGGCGAAGAAGACCGAGGAUUUUGCUGGGAACUUUUGGCAACACUUGAAAACAGGACCUAGUUUUGCUGAUGCUGCCUUGGGGAGGGUAGCUCAGGGAAGCAAAGUUAUUGCUGAAGGUGGUUACGAGAAGAUUUUCCAACAAACUUUUGAUACAUUUCCUGAAGAACAGCUUAAAAAGUCGUAUGCUUGUUACUUGUCAACUUCAGCUGGCCCUGUUAUGGGAACCUUGUACCUUUCUACUGCUAAGCUAGCUUUUUGCAGUGAUAAUCCUCUUUCUUAUACGAUUGUGGACAAAAUUGAGUGGAGCUACUACAAAGUUGUUAUUCCUCUGCGCCAACUGAGAUCCGUCAAUCCUUCAAUAAGCAAAGCAAAUCCAGCAGAAAAAUAUAUUCAGAUUGUCUCAGUUGACAACCAUGAGUUCUGGUUCAUGGGAUUCCUGAACUACGAUAAUGCUGUGAAGCACCUGCAGGAAGCCUCGACUGAUUCCGGUCAUUUUCAGCCCUAGUUUGGAGUAUUUUCAUAGCUAAUAUAUUCACAAUUUUUAUGAUUCAGUGAGUUCAUUCGCUAUCAUCUCUUGUUUGCAUAUCAUUUAAUUUAUUCUAUGUAUUUGAUUAGCGUCUCAUGUGUUUUAGAAAUUGUCUUAGUUUUUUACUCCUAUCAAUAACGGUCAUAUUUUAAUGGAUUUUGAAAAUUUCUUUUGUCAAAAUGCUUUGUGUAGCUCUUGUACAUGCAUUGUGAUUCUUCAAAGAUAUAUAAUACAUUUCUUUUCGCAGUUUUCCA